AUGACCGCCACCGAUCUGAGCGUCGACCGCUGUGACACCGAGCUCAGCCUCAGCCUGAGCCUGAGCCCCGGUGGCGUGUAUCAUCACGGCUCCGACGUAUCUGCCGGUUCCAGCAGGAGCGCGGAGGAGAAGGCAGCAGCGCAGCAGCCGAUCACCAUAUUCUACAACGGCCAGAUGUGCGUCUGCGACGUCACGGAGGUUCAGGCGAGGGCGAUCAUAAGCGCGGCCGAGCGAGAGACGGAGGACGCCGAGGCGAAGAAGCAGAGCGAUCGGAGACCCGACUCCUCCUCCCCCCUCCCUCCUCCACCUGCACCGGCGCCGCCGCGGGUGCUGAACCGAAGCCUGUCGAUGAAGCGGUCGCUGCAGAGGUUUCUGCAGAACAGGAAGACGAGGGCGGUCGACUCCUCCCCCCCUUACGACGGUGCAGCAGUCUAG